AGCAGCCAGAGCCGCAGUCAGUCAGUCUACGUUCAGACGUCAUCGUGGAAGGCUGUCCUUCCGACCGCUCGACCUGCACAGUCCGCUUGAUAUUCUACUUGAGCCUUGAACAGCAUUCCUCACGCAACAAUCUAUGAAUGUGUACUUGUGUGAACUUCAUCAGUUACUCGAGAGUUGAACACUAGUGUGAUAAAUGCAUUUCAUGCUAUUUAAGGUGAUUAUUUGAACUGAACUUUCUCUUUUGAAACUCUCAACGACUCUCUAACUGUCGGUUUGUACAUUGCCGUUAUCGUCGUUGAACGUUCAAAAUUACCGUCUUACAGCUGAGCCAGCAUUGCUCGUGGUCGUGGGUACACUGUGAAUGAAGAAACUUUCAGUUUUUCCAUCCGAAAUUUGAACAGUCAAAUCAAACUUUGUUCAUUUGUUUCAUUACGCAAGUCUGGCAUUGAGAACUUGAAGCCAAAUAUUCUCAGGCAUUUUGCUUAGAAUUAUAUGUAUAGAUGAAGUAAUAAAAAUAGGCAUUACUUUCAAAGACUUUUAAUUGAGGGAGCCUAGUAACAGCAACGUUACAGCACCAAGUGGAGUAGUAGUACCAGCAUGGAUGAGCUACUAUGCACCGAGUCAUCCAUACCACCAGGAAGCAGUGACCAGCAAACAAAUAACCAUACAGACAACCAGCCAACCUGUUCAUAUGAUGCAACCAUCUUCUCAGACGAACGCGUCCUCGACAACCUGCUGGUUGCGCAAAGCCUAACCCAACCGAGCGACCAGUUCUUGCAACCAAACAAAUCAAACGUCACACCAAACAUCAGAGCCGUGCUUGUAAAUUGGAUGCUUGAGCUGUGCGAGCACCGUAACUGCGAGGACCAGGUUUUCCUGGUUGCAGUUAACCUGCUGGACCGUUUCCUUAACCUGGUGCAGGUUCACCGCUCACAACUACAGCUCGCUGCCUGCUCCUGCCUCCUGCUCUCCUCUAAGCUGCGCCAGAGCAGCUACCUCAGUGUAGAUAUCCUGGCUUACUACACUGAAGACUCGGUCACGUCUCAGGAGAUAAUACAAUGGGAACAACUGAUCCUAGCAAAGCUCUCCUGGAACGUCAGUCCCGUGAUCUCCUACGACUUCAUCGAGCAUUUGUUGCAACUCCUGCCUCUUAGACAACGCAUUCAUCUCCCGGCCCCCGAGCUGGAUCGCCGCGGCGGCCGUAGUCUCGGCCAUGGACGGAGUGACGUCCAGAGCCUUCCAGUCCGCAAGUCUGGAAAGAAUGGCGACUCUCUUACGCUGUGA